AGGACACCAACUGAAUAUCGCAAUGUCACCAAACUUGAUGACGCACACUUUAUACAUACGAGGCCAUUCUUGUUUCUAGCCUUUGUCAUUCUUACAAGCCCCUCUCUCUCUUUGGGGGUAUUUCUUCUGUGAAUUUUGUUUGACAAUUGAUUUAAGUGGAGUUUGCCAUGGAAAAAGAUAAAGAAACAGCAAAAACCAGCCAAAGUGGAGGUACAAAAGAAUCGAAUGGAUAUGAUGAGAAGGUCCCACUCUGCAAGCUGUUCACUUUCGCAGACAAGGUCGAUGUAGUCUUGAUGAUUGUAGGCACAGUAUCUGCCAUUGCCAAUGGACUAUCUCAGCCUCUCAUGGCUCUCAUUUUUGGCCAACUUAUCAACUCUUUUGGCACUGCAGACCAAUCCAGUGUCGUGGAUACUGUGUCAAAGAUAUCACUAAGGAUGGUGUUCUUAGCUUGUGGUUCAGGUGUCGCUUCUUUGCUACAGGUGUCAUGUUGGAUGGUGACUGGAGAAAGGCAAUCAGCUCGUAUCCGAAGUCUGUACUUAAAAGCAAUAUUGAGACAGGACACUGGCUUCUUUGAUACUGAAACAACGACUGGCGAGGUUAUUGGAAGAAUGUCAGGUGACACUGUUCUCAUUCAAGAUGCCAUGGGUGAAAAAGUUGGGAAGUUCAUACAACUAUCGUCAACAUUUUUUGGUGGCUUUAUAAUUGCUUUUGUAAGAGGCUGGCUUCUUUCUGUAGUUCUACUCGCUUGCAUUCCUCUUGUUGCAAUUGUUGGUGGAUUCAUGGCAAUGGUCAUGUCAAAAAUGUCAAGCCGUGGACAAAUUGCUUAUGCACAAGCAGGGAAUGUAGUAGAACAAACAAUUGGAGCCAUUAGAACAGUUGCAUCCUUCACAGGUGAGAAACAUGCAAUUAAGAAAUAUAAUGACAAACUAAAGGUAGCAUACAAAACAACUGUUCAACAAGGACUGGCCUCAGGCUUAGGAAUUGGAACAAUGUUGCUCGUUGUAUUCUCCACUUAUGCACUGGCCGUAUGGUAUGGAUCCAAAUUAAUCAUGAACAACGACUAUAAUGGUGGACAAGUAAUCACUAUUAUUAUGUCAAUUAUGACAGGUGGAAUGUCACUGGGUCAGACUUCUCCAUCCUUGAAUGCAUUUGCAGCAGGGCAAGCUGCCGCAUAUAAGAUGUUUGAGACCAUCAAUCGAAUACCAAAAAUCGAUCCCUAUGACACAAGUGGAAUGACAUUAAAAGGGGUCAACGGGGAUAUUGAACUAAAAGAUGUGUACUUCAGAUACCCUGCCAGGCCUGAUGUUCAGAUAUUCUCUGGAUUUUCACUGCAAAUUCCAAGCGGCAAAACUGUGGCUUUAGUCGGUCAUAGUGGAAGUGGGAAGUCAACUGUUAUUAGCCUAGUCGAGAGAUUUUAUGAUCCUGAUUCUGGUCAAGUGCUUAUAGAUGGUGUUGAUUUGAAGAAGUUGAAGCUUAGCUGGAUAAGACAGAAGAUUGGUCUAGUAAGUCAGGAACCUAUCUUAUUUGCAACUAGCAUAAAAAAGAACAUAGCAUAUGGAAAAGAAAAUGCCACGGAUCAGGAGAUUAGAACUGCAAUUGAACUUGCUAAUGCUUCCAAAUUCAUCAAUCAAAUGCCUGAGGGGCUUGACACAAUGGUAGGAGAGCAUGGCACUCAAUUAUCAGGAGGCCAAAAACAAAGAAUUGCUAUUGCAAGGGCCAUUUUAAAGAAUCCAAAAAUUCUCCUCCUUGAUGAAGCAACAAGUGCAUUAGAUGCUGAGUCUGAACGCAUUGUCCAAAAUGCACUAGAGAAUGUUAUGUGCAACAGGACAACUGUAGUUGUUGCUCAUCGUUUAACCACCAUUAGGAAUGCUGACAUCAUUGCUGUAGUGCAUUUGGGCAAACUUGUGGAGAAAGGAACUCAUGAGGAUUUGAUACAAAACAAGGAUGGAGCAUACUCCCAACUAAUUCGCCUGCAAGGAGGAGCUAAGGAAUCUGAACAUUCUCAACAGCUAGAUGCAGAUGCUUCAGAAAUUAGUUUGGGAUUAGAAAAGUCCUUUUCUAGUUCAGAAAGCCAGAGACAAUCUAUGCUGAGAUCUUUGAGUAGAGUUUCAUCAGGAAGCCGCCAAUCUUUCUCGAUUAACAACUUAGGCUUUGGUUUGCUUGUUGAUAUUAAUAUUGUCGACUCAGAAAAGCAUGAGGAGAAGACUAUGCUAGAGAAGAAGCAGCCUAAACAAGUUCCAAUGAGACGGCUUGCCCACCUGAACAAGCCUGAAUUGCCAAUUCUAUUGUUUGGAGCCAUUGCUGCAGCAAUACAUGGGACCGUUUUCCCAGCAUUUGGCGUUUUACUAUCAACAGCCAUUAAAGUGUUCUAUGAGCCUCCAAAUGAGCUGAAAAAAGAUUCAAAGUUCUGGGCAGCGGUAUAUGUGGGGAUUGGUUUCAUUGCUUUAUUAUCUAUAUCAGUGCAGAACUACUUCUUUGGAAUUGCAGGGGGUAAAUUGAUAGAAAGAAUUCGUUCCAUUACAUUUGAAAAGGUUGUACACCAAGAAAUCAGCUGGUUUGAUGAUCCUGCAAAUUCUAGUGGAGCGGUUGGGGCAAGAUUGUCAACGGAUGCUUCAACAGUUAGGAGUCUUGUUGGUGAUGCCUUGGCCUUAGUUGUCCAAAACGCAUCAACAAUCGUAGCAGCACUGGUUAUAGCAUUCACAGCUAACUGGAUUCUGGCAUUUAUAAUUCUUGCAGUAUCACCCUUGCUGCUGGUUCAAGGGUUCACUCAGGCAAAGUUUACGAAGGGGUUCAGUGCAGAUGCCAAGCUGAUGUAUGAAGAAGCAAGUCAGGUGGCAAAUGAUGCAGUUGGAAGCAUUAGAACUGUUGCGUCAUUUUGUGCUGAGAAGAAGGUGAUGGACUUGUACCAAGAGAAAUGUAAUGGUCCUGUAAAAAAAGGGGUUCGGCUUGGACUUGUUAGUGGUGCAGGUCUUGGCUUCUCGUUCUUUAUACUCUAUUGCACAAAUGCAUUCUGUUUUUACAUCGGAUCUGUUCUUGUACAACAUGGGAAAGCAACAUUUGGAGAAGUUUUCAAAGUAAGAUAUGAAUUGGCCUCUUGGUUUUCUUUUCCCAUUUUUUUUCCCUUCCUUCUUUUCAAUCUACCUUCAAGUUUUCUGCAGGUUUUCUUCGCGUUGACAAUUGCAGCAAUUGGGGUUUCCAAUUCCAGUGCCAUGGGUACAGACAGUAGCAAAGCCAAGGAUGCAGCAGCUUCAAUAUUUAAUAUUAUUGACAGAAAGCCCAAAAUUGACUCAAGUAGUGAUGAAGGCACUACACUUCCACAUAUAAAAGGUGACAUUGAGCUUGAAAAAGUCAGUUUCAGGUAUCCAAUGAGACCACAUGUUCAAAUUUUCAGAGACUUAUCCCUUAGUAUCCCCUCUGGAAAGACAGUUGCUUUGGUGGGGGAGAGUGGCAGUGGAAAGUCAACAGUAAUUAGCCUCUUAGAGAGAUUUUAUGAUCCUGAUUCUGGUCGUAUAUAUAUAGACAAUGUGGAAAUCAAGAAGUUCAAACUAAGCUGGCUGAGACAACAAAUGGGAUUAGUAGGCCAAGAACCAAUACUCUUCAAUGAAACCAUCCGCACAAAUAUUGCUUACGGCAAGCAGGGAAAUCCUACUGAGGAAGAGAUAAUUGCUGCAACAAAAGCAGCAAAUGCUCACAACUUCAUUAGUUCAUUACCACAGGGCUAUGACACCUUUGUAGGUGAACGAGGAGUACAAUUAUCUGGUGGGCAAAAGCAAAGGAUAGCCAUUGCAAGGGCAAUAGUAAAGAAUCCAAAAAUUCUUUUGCUUGAUGAGGCGACAAGCGCACUAGACGCAGAAUCAGAGCGAGUGGUACAGGAUGCAUUAGAUAAAGUUAUGGUGGACAGAACCACUGUAGUUGUUGCUCACCGGCUCACCACCAUUAAAGGUGCCGACAUUAUUGCUGUAGUGAAGAACGGUGUGAUUGCUGAGAAAGGGAAGCAUGAUACAUUAAUGAAGAUCACCGAUGGAGCUUAUGCUUCCUUGGUUGCACUUCACAUGAAUUCAACAUAAGGAGAAAAAUAAAUUUUCUGCUUUAUUUGUUGCUAGUGGAGCAAGUUGAACGCAGAAAAGGUUUAGAACCGAAGAAUAACAGCGUUCUAUUACUCUGGCCCGCAGCUGAAUUUGCAGUCAUCUGCAAAAGGAAUAAUUUAGUUCUCUCUACCCCUUUUUCUUUUGGUAAUAUGAAGUAUUUAGUUCACUGAAUCAUUCUUUUGGAAAUCCGUAUAGUAUUCAAAGCAUGGAAAUUAAGCAGUUCAGCUUAAGAAAGUGAAGAAACAACUGACAACAAGAAGCAUAGUUUUGAACCUUGAAAAUCAAAAUUAUUUUGGUA